CUUCUCCCUGCAGCCUGCAUUACUUCCCUUAGUGGACAGCCGUGCAUUUUUGGUACCGAGGCGCAAAUUUUCAUAUCUGAGAAUCAUGACAACAUCAGAAGAGAAAGAAGAUGAAUAUUCUGCAUCAUUUUCUCUGCAGAACACCAGUCAAACAUUUCUUGGUAGAAGUAAUGACAUUUUUGCUAGCCUUGAUGCUUUGGAGCAAAAACAUGAGGCAUAUGAAAAGAAUAGGAAAGAAUCUGGGCAGUUAGAAAGUGAUGAGCAUUCGUUAUUAAAACUUGACCCAGAUGAGGAAGUGAAAAGAGCUAGGGAGGAGCCCAGGAGAGGAAGAAGAGAAAAAGAGUGGAAGAACAAAGAUCUUCCAACAAGAGACAGAAGUAGGAUAGGUGCUGACAGAAGUGGAGAGCAUAAAUCAAGUGACCAAGAAGAACCAAGAUCUUUCCCUGGUUCAUUUCAGUUUCAGGCACCCCGUGGAAGAGCCCCAAGAAGUGACAAGACACCUGACUUUCGAAAACACCCAGACAAAUGGACACAUUAUUCCUUAAAAGAUGUUGAAGCCAACGAUAUGUCAGAGUCUUCUAAUACGAAGGCAGCAUUUGCCUUUUUGGAAGAGAGGCGUAAACAACGAGAAAAGGAGAUGCAAGAGAUGGGCACAGAAGCAGAAGAAAUUUUUAACACAAAUGUUGCUGCUUGUUCAAAAGGUAUCAUUUCAUUUUCGAGGCCAGGCAAACAGCCGAUGGAAACAGAUUCCAAACCCAUAAAAGAGAACCUUGAUGACACAGAUGUGCUGUCAGGAACUGGAAGUGGAAAGUUUAUUAAUGAGUUUAAUGAUGAAUUAGGGAUCGAAAAAGUAGAGAAUGCAGAAUCCUUUGAAUGUGGACCCCAGCCAUCAACAUCAUUCAAGAAUCGCAAAGGCAUUAAAAGGAAUAUUCGAAGUCGUGAAAAUGACAACUGACUUGAACUAUGCAGUGCAAAGUAGAGCUGUAAAUCAGUUUAUAGUGAAAGGUUUCUGAGGGAAGGGAGCUGUUAAUAUGUUACUUUCUAUUAUUCACUUAGCAUCUUUUGCAUGGGCACAUAUAUUAAAUAUAUUGUUUAAGAUUUAGAA